CUCGUGUCUUCCGAUCACUACUUAUUCUCCAAUAAAUUAUUUUCAUUCUUCACUCUUCUCUGGCGGCUCUCUAUAAUCAGUCAAAUGUCACACAAAACAUAGUUUUCAAUCAUUUGAUUACAACAAUCAAAAGAUCAAUAAAAAGAGAUCAAACUUCAGAAACUAUAGCUACAGCUACUGAGAGCUUUUAUUUAUGGAGAAUUUGUUUAAGAAAGUUAUAUUUCCUAAGUUGUCGGCGAUUUUCUUUUCAAUUAUUUUCUAUCUGACAAUUUGUCAGUUAAAUGUUUGUAAAUCACAUGAAUUUUAUGACUUCAUCGGCUCCGGAGAGUGAUGACCAUCUAAAUAAGGAAUGGCUGAAUCGGCUGCCGAUCCGACCGGGAAUGGUUCAGUUCUCGGUCAACAAACCGCACACUCUCUCAGCCCCCGAAGCCAGCGGCAGAAGUAAGCGGAGAUCAGGUGCCACACGACUCAUGACGGAAUUGGUUCAGGAUGUCUGUCCAUCCGUUUCCGAUUGGGUGGCCCGCUCUGAGGCACUCGACCCC